GAUAAAAAUAAUACAAGAGGGGAAACCAACUCAUUUGUUCUUAUUAAAUCAGUUAACCUUUUGCUUUUGGAAGGAUUCCUUCAAUUUUGGUUGCAUUGUUGUUCGAGAUUCCAAUAUAAUUUUGAAAAAUUGUCAAAAGAGAAAAAGAAAGACUCGAGGGAAAUCAUACGUUUGCCAUACGAUCAAUUCGAAAUGGGUCCUGCUGUUUCUGAAUUAGUUAAACUUUUCUUAGAAAAAUCCAAGAGCUUAAACAAAAGGGGAAUGAUGAUUUCGCUCCCACCUAUACCAACAGAUUUCGAAGAAGGCGACGAAGAAUCGAAGAUAUAUGCACGCAUAAUGCAUAGAAUCAUAGACUCAAUGCAGGGACAUAUAUCGUUUGCAUGGUGUCCAAGUUAUUCUGCUAUGAAAAUACCAAACUUAAAGUUAUCUGCAUUAGAUCAAGCUGUCUCUAACCUAACUCGUAAUACUCGCCCAAGUCCUACAGUCUCGUUAACAGUACAUAAUUAA